UUCUGAAGGAAGCUGACGGAUAUCGCUGACGUGAUGCAGUGACAUAAUCACGAUGACGCACUGGUUCCAACGUGGUUGCCAAGAUGUCUAGCUGAUGAGCAGAGCACCUGCACAGAAUACCUUACGUACAGCAACAUGACUGACUUUGACACUGAUGAAGAGUCUGGAGAAGUUGAUCUUUCACCCUUUCAAAUAUCAUGGUUGGAUCUGAGUUUUACAGGAGCUGAUGAAAAACUAGGAAUCUCGGGGCUUCCUGGAUGUCGCUUCAAGGACACGUGGAGAAAUCUGAACAAUGACUUGAAAUGUCUACAGAACAGUGGUGUGAAAGAGGUGUUCACGCUGUGUACUAAAGGCGAGCUGAACAAAUACCGUGUUCCCAACCUUCUUCACGACUUCUCUGGGUCCAACAUCACCGUCCACCACUACCCGUUCCCCGACGGACAGGUGCCCCCAAGCAGCAGCCUCCUCAAGAUGGUGGAGGAACUGAGGGUCAACAUCAUGAACCAGAAAAAAUCUCUGAUUCACUGUUUCGGAGGACUGGGGCGGUCGUGUCUAGUUGCUGUGUGUCUGAUGAUGGUGAUGGACGAGAGUAUUUCCCCGGAGGAUGCCAUCGAUAAAGCUCGGCAGUUGAGAGGAGCCGCAGCCAUUCAGUCUGUGAAGCAAUAUAACUUUAUCAAUGAUUUCCGGAAGCUGCAGGCAGAGGUUGAGACAGAGGAUGGAGGAGAAUCUCGAUCUGUCUCACGAUGAGGAUCAUAUCUGAGGGUUGGAUGGGGGGGAUGUAUACGAAACAUUCAGUGCUGAAAUGUUUGCUUCGUAUAUCAGUGAAUCAAUUGUUUUUUAUCAUUCAGCUUUUCAUGUACGAUCUUCUGCAAUCUCAUUAAAAUCAGAUCUUAGUUCUUGCUACCGCUUAACAAAGAACUGAAGACAUUCCAUUGCAGGUCACGAGACCGACCUUUCAUGAACUUUGACCGACCAAUGGAAUGACUGAGAAGAAGGUGACAUUAGCCAAACAGAAGGCAGCUUUCUUGUGCUCAACGGCACCAGAUUCAAACUGGUGACUACGCUUCGAAACAUAUUUUGACAAAUUCUUGAUUACAUUUUUUUAAACUGAACAACAGAACAGUCUUGAAUGGCCUAGAUUGUAUGGAUUCAGUCAUAAAACCCGUAACUGUUGUUGACCUGUGAAAAUCUAGGUUAGAAUAGGUCUUUAGCGCAACCAAUGCUUGCUGUAAAAGGCGACUAUGCUUGUCAUAAGAGGUGACUAACAGGAUCUGGUGGUCAGACUCACUGACUUGGUUGAUGCAUGUCAUCGUAUCCCAUUUGUGUGGAUCGAUGCUCAUGAUGACAAUCACUAUAUUGUCUUUUCCAGACUCGAUUAUUUACAGACCGCCAUCAUAUAGCUGGAACAUUGCUCGAUGUGGCGUUAAACAACAAACAAACAAAACUGUCAUUCGGAAUACCCCGAAGCGUCUGAUUGGUUGGAUGAAAGGUCUCAGUAGCGAGAACUAAGAUCUGAUGAGAUUGGAUCUUAUGUUGCUAUCCUUGUUAAGCUAAUGUCAAAUGAGGCAUCUGUUCUUCAAGAGGCUACGCCAAAUGUGUUUUAGCUCAUUUACAUUCUGCAUUGUUACAGUUAUUAUGACACUUUGAAAGUGAAACUUUGCUUGUUAUGACAUAAAGUUAAUUAUGGGAAACAAAUUUUGAUAAAUGCUUGUAAAUGAUGUGAGCUUUUUUUGUACAUUUUCAUGUUAUGCAUUACAAGUUGAUAUUAUGUCUGUAAAACUGCAAAAUAAAAACCUUAUUUGAAAAGAGA